AUGCAGCUCCCAAAGGCCUUAGCCAGCGUUCUCUUCGCUCUCACUCCGGUCCUUGCUCUCCCGUCAGCGCUUUCCUCCAGCAAACAGCCCGCAUCCCCGUCACUCUGGCCUCGGGAGUUUAAUGCAUUCACGAAGCGCCAAUCCUGCGUCGAAACCUGCGGUAGUGUAUGCUACUGGCAAUCUGACAUCGAUGCCGCCCUCUCCAAAGGCUACUCCCUCUACCAGGACGGACAAACCGAAGGGUCUGACGACUACCCGCACCAAUACAAUGACUACGAGGGAUUCGAUUUCCCUGUCGAUGGGCCAUACUACGAGUUCCCAAUCCUGGACACUUUCAAGGUGUAUAGUGGUGGAUCUCCCGGGCCGGACCGUGUCAUCUUCAAUGGAGACGGUGACUACGCAGGAGUCAUCACUCAUACGGGUGCCAGUGGUGAUGAUUUUGUCGCUUGUGAAGGGGCCAACCCGUAA